CUGGUGUUAGAGUUUGACUGUGUCUCAAGACUUUGUGAGCUUUUAGGGGCGUCAAAACCGCAGCAUAUUUAGCGUCUAGGGGCUGUUCACACCGAACGUCUUUGUGCUUCCAUCCGCAUUGUUUUUCUAUGCAAACACGUGCUAGAUAGUCAUUCAAAUAAAUAGGCAGUUAACCAGUUUUGAGACACAGCCUUUAACUUCCUCUUGGACAGUAGAACAGCUCAGCACUCGCAUCACUGUGAUGGAGGAGCCGGUGUAAAGCAACUAGAACAUUUUCUCCAUCUCGGUCAGUUGUCGAGAUAUUGUGAAUACGGAAAUAUAUUCUUCGGUUGGAAUUUAACUGUAAUCAGUGUCCUCUGUGGUGAACUCUUCAGUCUUCACCAUGGGUUGUGUGGGAUCCAAGCCGGAGCAGGAUCCGAUUGGCAAGUCGAUGGGCAGCGAUGACAGUCGCAACCUGACAACACAUUACGUCAAAGACCCCACGACAGGGAGCAAAGCUAACAGAACCAACUCCAACCCACCUAAUCCUGCCAAUGACAAUUCAGAUAACAUUGCCAUCGCUCUGUAUGACUAUGAAGCUAUGCAUGAAGGUGAUCUGGGCUUCAAAAAGGGAGACAGACUCAAAAUACUACAGGAGUCAGGUGAGUGGUGGAAAGCAGCCUCUCUCAGCAGUGGUCAGGAGGGCUUCAUCCCCAAUAAUUAUGUUGCCAAGGAUACUCUGGAAACUGAAGAUUGGUUUUUUAAAGGUGUCAGCAGAAAGGAUGCAGAGAGACAGCUGCUGGCCGCUGGAAAUAAAACAGGAUUUUUUAUGAUCAGAGACAGUGAGACCACCAAGGGAAGCUAUUCCCUGUCUGUCAAAGACAGCGACCCACAAGCAGGAGAUACGGUGAAGCAUUAUAAGAUUCGUACGCUGGAUAACGGCGGUUUCUAUAUCUCUCCUCGUAUCACCUUUAGCACCCUGCAGGAACUCAUCAGCCACUACAAGAAGCAGAGUGAUGGGCUGUGUCAGUCUCUUACCAGUCCCUGUCUGAGUCCCAAACCACAGAAACCUUGGGAGAAAGAUGCCUGGGAGAUCCCACGUGAGUCACUCAAACUGGAUAAACGCCUAGGCGCGGGGCAGUUUGGAGAGGUCUGGAUGGCAAUGUACAACAAGCACACAAAAGUGGCAGUGAAGACGAUGAAGCCUGGUACUAUGUCUGUGGAGGCUUUCCUCAUGGAGGCAAACUUAAUGAAAACCCUCCAGCAUGACAAACUGGUCCGUCUCAACGCUGUGGUCACCAAGGAGGAGCCCAUUUUCAUCAUUACAGAGUUCAUGGAGAAAGGAAGUUUACUGGACUUCCUUAAAAGCGAUGAAGGAAAUCGCGUCCGGUUGCCUAAACUGAUUGACUUUUCAGCACAGAUAGCAGAAGGCAUGGCUUACAUUGAGCAGAGGAACUAUAUUCACAGAGACCUUCGUGCGGCCAACAUCCUGGUCAAUAAGAGUUUAGUGUGUAAGAUUGCUGACUUUGGUCUGGCCCGUAUCAUAGAGGACAACGAAUACACUGCCAGAGAAGGUGCCAAGUUCCCCAUAAAGUGGACCGCUCCAGAGGCCAUAAACUAUGGUUCAUUCACCAUCAAAUCAGACGUGUGGUCCUUUGGCAUUCUGCUGACUGAAAUCAUUAGUUAUGGUCGCACACCAUACCCAGGUAUGACAAACCCAGAGGUGAUCCGCGCUUUGGAGAAAGGUUACCGUAUGCAGCGUCUUGACUCCUGCCCUCAAGAGCUCUAUGACAUCAUGUUGGAGUGCUGGAAGAACAAGCCAGAGGACAGACCCACCUUUGAGUACCUGCAGAGUGUACUGGAGGACUUUUAUACAGCCACAGAGAGCCAGUAUCAGCAGCAGCCCUGAGAAACACAGAUACACAUUGACAUCUUGCGCAAAUGGCUUGUACCAGGAACUCUUAAGAAAUCUUACACAUAUACAUAUAUCUUAGACGUGCCAACUUAUAUUUACUUUAUAUAUGUAGUGAUAUCAAAUGUUUUAUAAUGUGUUAUUUAAAUGACAUUUCAAUGAAAACAUUUUAAAAAAAGACAACGCAUAGCAGUUUCAUUCCUAUCAUACACACCUUUUGCCUUGAGUGUUGCACAACACAGAAGCUGUAUAAAGUAAUCAUUUUUAUAUGAAACAACCUUUUCCAAUUGUUUUUGUCCAAAUUCAAUGUUAAGAAAUGUAUAUUGGAGCUAAUGAUUUGUGGUUGUGUGUAUUGGAACUCAGAGCACACAUUAAGAUGUAAAGAUUAAGAUUAAAAUGUAUUGUAGUUUGAAUAAUUUUUGAAUGAGAUAGAGAUUAAUUCAAAAACUUCAACCUACAUUAGGUUUCAAAAAUUUUAUAGGAGUUUAAGAAAUAUAUAUAGAUGUUGAACCACUGCUCCAUCCUAGUCAAAGGUUGAAAAAGGUAUGAAUGGUAUGAAGGGAAGUUUAAAAUUUAAUUAAUAGGUUCUGUGAAUAAUAAUAUUUCUUUGAAUGAUGAUAUGUCUUUUAACGGGUUAGCUCUCAUCAUUUACUCAUAUAUUGUUCCAAACAAGUAUGCUCUUUCUUCCAUGGAACACAAAUUGAUAUGUUGGGCAGUAUGUUAUUCACAGUCAUUGUAUGGAAUAUGUAAUGAAAGUGAAUGGUGACUGAAUGGUGCCCAAGUUGUGAACUUAUUUUAUGAUCCAAUCAAAAAAUAAAGCCAUAUGCAUUUGGCACAACAUUAGGUUGAGUAAAUGAUGAUAUAAUUAAAGGUUGAACUAACUCUUUAAUACUGUAAUGUUAUGCAUUUGUAAGAUUAUGCUUGCUUUUUCAAAUGUUCAUGUUUAUUUGGUAGCUUGAAAUAGAUUUUAGGUAUUUGUAUGUCUUAGUUUUGGACUUUUGUGCAAUAAUAGUAAUUAUUUGAUGUUCUUUUAGUUUCCAUUGUAAUUUCCUGUAAUCAGACUUUUUUGGGGGGUUGGGGGGGGGGUGGGCGGCAUCAUUAACAUUACUCUCAUUUGUGUGAAACAUGAUUAUACAGUUUGUGUUGAUUAGUGAUUUUAAG